AUGCCAAAACUCCAAGAUGAGGGAUCAAAAAUAAGUCAAAGUCCAUCAUCGGCCUCAAUCGAUGGUGAAAAGGUCCAAGAAGACGUCGUUCAAUCAGCGUCCGGUGCUCACGAUGCCGUCUAUGGCGUUGGGGGUGUUGGACGUACGGCUCGACGGUUGAAGGCUCGACACGUCACCUUCAUAGGAUUUGGUGGAGGGAUUGGUACCGGUUUGUUCAUUGGGACAGGCGCAGCACUCGCAAACGCUGGACCCUUGGGCUUACUACUAGCUUUCUGUAUCGUCGGUGUUGUUCUUUGGUGUGUGAUGGAGUCAAUUGGAGAACUCGCUACUUUGUUUCCAACUGCUGGUUCCUUUCCACAUUUCGCAACUCGUUUUGUAGACCCGGCCCUAGGCUUCACACUUGCAAUCUCUUAUGGCUACUGCUAUACCAUCGCCAUUGCUUCCGAGGUAUCUGCCGCUGCCAUUAUCGUCUCUUACUGGACGGACAUCACACCAGCUCUAGUGAUAACUCUAGGUCUUUUUGCAAUUUUCAUCAUCAACAUCUCCUCGGUACGAUUCUACGGCGAGGCAGAAGUCGUUACAGCAUCUAUCAAGAUUCUCUGCUUCCUCGGUCUUAUUUUUGUUUCCCUUGUCAUUACACUUGGCGGCGCGCCCAACCAUGACCGAAUUGGUUUUAGAUAUUGGAAAGAUCCAGGGCCAUUUACUCAGUACAAUGGCAUAUCUGGAAGCACCGGCCAUUUUUUUGCUUUUCUAAGUGCAUUGAUCAAUGCCUCCUUCUCCUUCAUUGGCGUUGAAACCGUCGUUGUUGCGGCUGGAGAGACAGUCAACCCACACCGAUCAAUCCCGAAGGCAAUCAAGAGAGUCACAUACCGAAUCAUGUUCUUCUACGUUCUAGGGGCUAUUCUGAUCGGGAUGAUCAUCCCGUCAAAUGACCCGAAUUUGACCAGCGGGUCUGGAAAUGCUAAUUCCUCGCCAUUCGUCAUUGCAAUUAAGAACUCGGGCAUUCAGGCCCUUCCAUCAAUCGUCAAUGCUUGUAUCCUGACAUCGGCAUGGUCGGCAGGUAACAGCUACUGCUACAUUGGCGCUCGAAUGAUAGUCGCAAUGGCUGUUGAUCGCCAAGCACCACAGUUCUUUGCGAAAGUCAACAGAUGGGGGGUUCCAUACUACGCCGUUCUUGCCUCUUUCGCGUUUGGCCCGUUGGCUUAUCUCAGUCUCGGAUCUGGGGGAGCAGCACAAGCCUUCAAGUGGCUACUUACUUUGAGCACAGUUGCUGGGCUCUUGGCGUGGAUGACUUUAUGUGUUUGCUUUAUUCAAUACCACAGCGCCUGCAAAAUUCAAGGUAUCGAUAGAGAUUAUUUACCUUUCAAAGGAAGGCUCCAGCCAUAUUCCGCAUGGGUUGGAGCAUUUGGAUCUGGCAUAAUCGUCUUGGUUUCUGGCUUCAGCGUCUUCCUCACUGGUAACUGGUCGACUGCGGAUUUCAUCGCCAACUAUAUCGGCAUUAUUAUUUACAUCGUGCCAUACCUUAUCUGGAAGUGCUUCAAGAAGACGAAAUUAGCCACAUCUCUAUCAAUAGACCUGUAUUCAGGACGGUUCGAUCCUAGUUGCGUGCCUGAAGAGCCCAUACCGACAACUUGGUGGGGCAAGUUUCUGGACUGGCUCUUGUAA